CCUCCUUCCUUCAUUCAACUCAACAUUAUACUCAAUUCCAAAAAUCAAAACCCAAAAAAAUCCCGCCAUUUUCUAUCUCCUCAAAAACCCUCAAACUUACCAACCAACAAUGGCGCCGAAAUCAGAGAAGAAGCCAGCGGAGAAGAAAACCUCCGAUGCAGAGAAAAAGCCGAAAGCCGAAAAGAAGCUUCCCAAAGAAGCAGUUUCAGGGGACAAGAAGAUGAAGAAGAGAUCAAAGAAAAGCGUAGAAACCUACAAAAUCUACAUCUUUAAAGUUCUGAAGCAAGUUCAUCCUGAUAUCGGAGUAUCGAGUAAAGCGAUGAGUAUAAUGAAUAGUUUCAUUAAUGAUAUCUUUGAGAAACUUGCUCAAGAAUCUGCUCGUUUAGCUAGGUAUAAUAAGAAACCUACUAUCACUUCUCGUGAAAUUCAGACUGCUGUUAGGCUUGUUUUGCCUGGUGAAUUGGCUAAACAUGCUGUUUCUGAGGGUACUAAGGCUGUCACUAAGUUUACUAGUUCUUAGAUUUCUGAAUUUCAGUUUUCUUGUUUGGUGUUUUUUUUUGGAAUCAAUUUGGUGUAUAGAUCUGAUUUGAGAUUAAUGGAAUCAAGAGACUUUUGCUGAAUCAA